AUGACAUCAGAGCAGAAGGUACUUGAAGCCACAGAGAAUGAACUAAAAGAUCUGGAAACCAGACUUACUAACAGUGAAGCUCAGAUUGAGAAACUCCAAAAGGAAAACCAAGACAAACCAAAGGUGGCAUUUUCAGCUACAUUAGGAUCAAAGGGUUACGUUGGACCAGUUAACACAGAUACAACACUGAUUUACAAUAAAAUCUUCACUAAUGUUGGUGAUGCCUAUAAUCAGGCCACAGGGAUUUUCACAGCACCGGUACGAGGAGUUUAUUAUUUCAGUUUCUUCUACCAUUGUUCAGCUAAAAAUCCAUCAUGGUUGGCCUUGUAUAGAAAUGGAAAGCAAGAAGCAUUAAUAAAACAUCACAAGAGUGAAUGUUAUACAGAGAAUGGAGGCAAUGCCUUCACGCUGCUGUUGGAGAAAGGGGAUCGAGUCUAUAUGGUACUCCAAAAGGACACAUGGAUCUGGGAUGGAGAUGACUUUGUCACAGUGUUUAGUGGUUUUCUUAUCAAUGAUAUGUAAAUAAAAUACACGGGGAACAAACAGAACAGUUAUGAAACAUGUUACGGGUUUACAGGUUAAGGUGAAAUAUCAAGCUACUUAAUACAGUCUUUUUUUGAUGAGAAUG